GUGUGUGUGUGUGUGUGUGGGCGCUUAGGUUCCCUUUCGCUUUCCUUCCAGUUAUUCACGUUAAGUUACAAGGAAAUAAACGCCGUACGGUCAACGCGCUCUCACAGCGCACACUUCCAGUAAGAUCAGACUGUCUGUGAACUUUAUAAAGGGGGUCGUGCUCUUUUAGAGAGGAACCAUGAGCGCUUCGUCCUGUGUGUCCAGGCUCGUGUUGUUUUAUAUCUUCUGCGUCACAGCAGAGAGGAUCCCGGCCCCUGAGAAUGUGAGAAGGAUAUCUGUGAACAUGGGACUGGUUUUGGAAUGGGAUCCACCACAAAACACCACCAAUACUCUGUUGAACUACACUGCUGAGAUGCAAGGAUGGAGUAAUUAUGAGCCAGUGUGUCGAAGCAGCUCGGCACUAAGCUGUGAUUUCACUGACAAAGUUUCCAUUUUUGGAUCCUACCAUCUUCGUGUUCGGGCAGAGCUACAUGGAGAAUCUUCUGACUGGGUGGAAACUGAAAAUUUUUCAUUGGAUAAAAUAACUGAGAUAAGCGCUCCUCAUGUAGAACUGAGAAGCAGAAAAGGACAAACAGAAGUUGAUAUCACUGAUCCUCCUAUGAAAAAGAAGAAUUUGAGGCAUGUCUUUGGAAACAUUUCCUACCGCAUUCGUUUCUGGAAAGAUGGAGAAACAAAAAAGGAAGAGCUGAUAAGAGAGCAGAACAGAGUUGUGUUACCAAAACUGGAGCCUCUUGUAAAAUACUGCGUGGAAGUAGAGAUUCUGUAUCUGACGAAUAAAAGUCUGACCAGCAACAUCACCUGUUUAACCAACACCUCCAGCAAUGAAGUGGAGUCUUGGCUGAUCGCAGUUGUGCUCCUGGGCAGUUUUCUGGUAGUGUUAUUUGCUGUGGUCCUGAUCUUUCUGGCUGUGUGGUUUGGCUACAGAGGAUGCCGAAUUAUUUUCCCUGAUACUGACCUCCCAGAGGACCUAAAAAAAUUUUUGUCACAACAGUUGCAGUCUUCAGUGCUUUGGGCCAUGCAGGAGAGCACGCCAGUGAAGGAGCACUGUUGUGAGCUGAGGAUAUUACACAAGGAGCCAAUCAGUUCUCCGGACAAUCAGCAGAUAGAAGGACCACUCAGGAUUCAUACCUAUAAGAAUGAGUGUUGUACAGGAGCUAAUGUAAAACAGAGCAGUGAGGAGAAAUCUCAAAUGAUCCUCGCAACAGAACAGGAGCCAUUGCUUGCUGAAAUGAGACCGUAGUAAUACUGUAUCGUAAUCAAUGAUUAUUGAUUAUUUCUUUUGCCCACUUGAACAAUUCUCUGAAAACAAAUCAACAAAAAGGACUGACAAUGUUUUUGUUUGAAUUUAUUUGAUCUUCAUUUUGAUAAAGUGAUAUUGAUUCUUAGAUCCCAAGAAUCUCUCUCUCUCUCUAUGUGUGUGUGUGGGUGUGUUUAUGCUACCUCUUGGGGACAUGAAUGUGUUUUUUUUACCUUCCAUGUGGGGACACGAUGACCAACUGGGGACAAAAUCUGUGUCCCCAUAAGGAUGCCCAUUGGAACUGAUAGAAAAUAGCAUGCUAAUAUUGCCUGUGCAAAUUUCUUAGUUCCUUACUUGUGACCCCAGAAGGUGGUUUUACCAGUGUUGGAGUGUGAGGGUGUGUGUUCGGAUUUGCCCCCUGAAGCCGGGUCUUGGUACUGCAGUGUGCAUAUUUAAUAAAUCUCCGCCUCAUAUUUACAUGUAUGGCGGGAAACUAAGAAGACGUGUUUCCCCCUAUGGUUCGGUCCUGGUACAGCAUUGUGCAUAAUAAAUAAUAAACAACUGGUCCCUCAGUUGUUUUACUUACUGUAAAAUGAUUUUUUUAAAGUUUUAAAUAAAACAAGGACAUCAUGCUUA